UCAGUCGUAAUGUCUUUCAAGGUGGACACAGACAAGAGUUGGUCAGUCCGGAUGCAGUUUUGCAGUCUCAACUUGCAUAAUACAGAAAAAUAUUACUUGGUAAAAUGACCGACGGUAGAUUACUAUUUGCAAAAUAUAUCAGUUCAACUUCAACGUUAAUUCUUGAGGAGCCAGAAACUCAAAAAGUGGUGUCAAAGUAUUCAAGUUUGCAUUCGUUUCAUAGCAUAAAUCGGGAAAAUUUUAGCGAGGAAUUUUGUACGCUGUAUUGUAUUCCUGGUCAAAAGUACACUAUCGGGAAAAAUUUUACCAGUCGUGACAAUCAGGGUGAAUUUAUAUUCUGUUACUUUCCCGAAGUUGGAGAAGAAUGCGAAAUUCACAUAAAACAAGAUCGCACAUGGUGGAUUAAAUCUCAGGAAGGAAACUCAAUUUAUCUAAACGGGGAAAAACUUACGAAAAAAGUCCAACUCCACUUUGGGGAUUACGUUUCGUUCGGAAUUAACUACAGUGUUGUGGACGAUAUCGUAUCCUUUAUAGAAAGAACGGGAACCAGAAAUUCUGGGAAAAUACCAAUCUUCCUUUUUGAGAGGUCCAACUUUUUGCACCUGACCAAAUCCAACCAACCAGUAUUAACCCCAUGCCGCGAAAACGAACCUCACCCAGAUGCCUCAAACCCUGGCAGCACCCUUGGACGUAAUGAACACCUCAUUUCCAAAAUUCUAACCUAUUUGCCCAUCUCCACUCUCAAAAGUGCUCGUCUAGUCUGCAAACUAUGGUACGAAGAAGCCACACCCCUCUUACGAGACAAGUCCCUUAUCCACUUCAACUUUAACACGUACCAAACUACGCGGGAAUCUAUGCGGAUUUUAAAAUAUACAUAUGAAAUGGAGCAUUUCCCUCAUCCCCACUGGUACCUGAACCUCCCCGUUUUAUCAAAUUCGGCCAACCCGUUAACCCGAAAAUUUCGGCAAGAUUUCACCCAUCUCCUGAAACACCAACGGAACGUAGAAUCAUUACGAAUUAACGGGGCAAUCCACUCCCCACAAGAUCUCUCAAUACGAAUGAAACUAUUUCAAGCGGUGUCCCAAACUUUACAAGAUUUACAAAUUUUGGGAGAUUGGGGCUUCGCAAAUCUUAAUUUUCCCCAUAUCGCUUUUCCACACUUGAAAAGUGUCACCAUCGCAUUUGAAAUAUUACGCAGGGAAGAAAAUAAUGAUAAGAAAGAUAAGAUUGAUCCUCAUCCAGGCGAAUCGAGGCUGGAAGAAUGGUGCACAUCUUUCAUGGACGUGUUAAGCUCUACCAAUUUGCAAUCGAUGGGUUUCGCAUGUUCGAAAAUGUUAAGUUUGCUAUUUCUUGAAGAGUUGGCGCAAUUGAGUUGUGAGGAUGUCGCAAAAUUUUCGCAUUUGCAAAAAUUAAUGAUGCUCCAUACAACCCCGUCAGUGUCGCGUUGUUGUCUCACUCUGCCUCAACAGUUAACAAAAUUAGAGCUGAAUUGGAUAUACCCGAGGAAAACAAGGGAUCACUUCAAUCUACGAGUUUUCACAGAUUUUGAGAAUCUAAUCGAGAAAAAUGCUCAAUCACUGAACAAUUUGCAAUUUAUUUUGCCCAUGUUGCGAAAAAGGAGUGAAAUUCAUAUUCCGGUUUUGGAAAGGUUGAAAUAUUUAAUUAUUUCUUCUGAAGGAGAUUCGAAAACUUGGCAGGAAAAAAAUUGCAAUACUUUUUGCCCAAAGAUAUCAUUUUGUGAUGGCGCUCAUAGGUCUUUGCUUGUGUACAAUAAAUUUUUGCCGAGGCUGCAAUCCUUGCGCCUGGAUAUUAAGCAACAUUAUAAAAACUCUGCAAGGCGAGAUCAAGAAUUUAAAAAGUGUAGUCACCUCUUCAAAACAUUUUUAGUUCCGGGUGAAAGAAGCGUUGAAAACAAUUUUACCCCGUGCAAAACCUUGAGAGAAUUACACGUUCCAUACGAAGAGAUAAGAAGCAUAUUACAAAUUACUUCGGUAGAAAUAGAGAAGAUGUUCCCCAACGUGGCUAAAUUCGAUUAAUUAUGUACGAAUCGAACUAAAUACUUAUAAGUAAAUUCCAUUUUCAGUAUUACAUAAAAGCCUCAGCCUCAAUAAAAAGAAUGGAUCAUUUACAUA